AUGGGACUUCACAGAGGAAUGAGCAUUAAGGAGCAAAACCAAGAGCUCCGUCCUGGUUAUGGAGAGGUUAAGACAGCCGAUCCAGCUAUCAAAGUUGUGCCACCGUGCCGCAUUCGGGCACAUCCGUCGUCGUCGUCGCAAAGUUCUGUGCCGUACGAGCCGACGCCACCGAACAGCAACAAUAGUGGUCAUAUGCUCGUCGAUCCCAUCCCAAGGCCCGAGCAAGUGGGUACGGUGAUCGGCCUUGCGCAAUCUUCGGAAGAUUCGCAUCUAAUCAAUAACUUUUCGCCUCCCUUAACAACUUCGAGUAGGUCGUCGGUCGCCCUGGAUGCGACACCGCCACUGUCGAGUGGGGGUGGAGCUGUAUUAGUUGUCAAACAAGAUCAUGCACUUAACGGACCUCCAUCUGCCAAUUUUAACGCCCUUGUGAACGCCGCCGUAGUUCAGGCUGCGGAAUUGACGAACCACAAUAGGUUAGGUGUAGCAACGGGCUACGUGGCGGACGUCAACGGUCAUCACGAAGAGAAAGUAGCCGUAGACUCGGCCAUAAUUCCAUCUGGUGCUCUUACUCCUGCAGCAGCGAAAGUAGCCGCAGUGAAACGAACCCGUGAGCCAAAGGCGGAGUACCCUGAAAAAGCGAAACGUCCCCGAGCUAACCAUCGGACGAAAAGCGAGAAAGCAUUACGCGAUCUUGUCGGUCCAAUCGUGUCGGAAACGGUCUCUGAUUUUCAUCGGGAAAGAAUCGCUGAUCGAACUGUGACCACCGAGAGCCGUCGCAUGGUUACAACCAACGCCACCCCGUCGACGUCACACGAUAUCCCCGUUGUUUCGCAACAGCCGAUUGUCACAGCUCAACCAGCCGCUUCCAAUCUGAUUGGCACUAGUCCACUGGCUGCUGCUCGACCUCAAGGCAACGUGGGACCUUCAAAUUCCACCCUGCCCUCGUCAAUGGAGCAACUGUUGGAGCGACAGUGGGAAGCAAGGAUCGCAGUUCCUCAUCUCACAAGCCCAAUUCGACGUGGCUCAGCUGCUGUCCUGUUUGCAUCAACUGAAAUCGGAGAAUAUUCGCCUGGAAGAACAAUUAGUGCAGUUGAAUCGGCGGCGAGAACAUCUGAUUGCACUUACGUCACGGUUAUCUUACCGACGAGUAUUGUCAGUCCACAUCAUUCCCCGAUAGUUGUGGCAUCGACGUCCGUGCCGCCACCAGGAGUGGAAGACUCGUUAACUCAGUUGCGGUCACUGGCCAGUGGAACUCCACGUCCGACCGGUCGACCGCCUAGUCAAGCUUCUGCCGUGCCAUCUACCUCCUCGUUCGGCGCUUCUCAGCAUGGUGGUCCAGGCUUCGUUCCUCACGUCCAAAACAGAACCACGACUGGCGUUUCAUCUGUUCCUGGGACACCUUCAACAGCGACUUUGACCACUGCGUCGACGUCACAACCGCAAAUGAUGACUGCCACUUCGUCUGCACCUGUGGUGUCUGCAGAGCUGACCGCUAACAUCAGUCCGGAACGGCUAGCCGCCUUAAAUCCGUUGAUAAAUGGCGGUUUUCUCGGCAGGAGUAAUCAAAUGCUUGGCACAGGGAAUGCAAUGGAUCCCCUGAUAACAUCAUUUUUGUUGUCGCAAGCGCAACAUAGUCAACAACAAUACUUGGCUGGCAAUUCAACGGCGAAUCUAUUGGCUCGUUUUAUGAUGCCGCCGAUAAGUGGAUCGAAUUCGGUACAAGGCGCCGGUGGUAUUGGAAAGUGA